CGAUCGUUUCGUUUCCUUCAUCGUCCGCCAUAUUUUACUUUACUCCGUCGUUACCGUGCGUGCGUGCGUCUAUUAUUGAGUUGCAUCUCCAGAUCUUAGCCUUGAUAAUUUCAUUAAAACUGUGACAAUCAUGGGAGAUCGCAACAACCCUAUUAAGUUUGGACCAGCAUGGAUGCGUAAUUUUGGACAAAUAAGUUCUACGGAAGUAACAACAAGCAACAAUCAAAACUCCACAAACUCAAGAGUUGUGACUACCACUGCUCCGAAGGUAACCACAGCAACCACAAGCAGUGUGACUAGCUCGGCGGUGACAAAUACCCAAGGCCAAACUGGAGAUGGCGCAGCACAAGAUCCCACCAAUUCCAAUACAACACCAACUACAACAUCUGGAACUACAAAUCCUGGAAACAGUGAAUUAGUAUUAGCUGAGAUGAGGUAUGGAAGGGAAGAGAUGCUAGCUCUGUAUGAAAGAACUACAGAUGCGCCUGAACAGUUAAAGUACUUUGAUCAGUUGUACCAACAAAGGCGAAAGCCACCUGUCGCAUUAAAUAACACCUUUCAAGAAGAAAUGCAACGGGAGAAUACCCGCGGAGCUAAACCUGCUGCUUCAGGGCGUAAUUUGAACCGUACCUCUCCCAAUGAGAAUCGGCGUACUCGCACACCGUUUCCUCGGAAUGCUUCAUCUGGAAAAGGUGUAAUAUGGAAUACGGCCCAAAAAAAAACAGGGCCCCCAACUUAUCACCCUACCUUUGAAGCUAAUACUGCUUUGUCUUGGGGGGGAAAUAAUGGUAACACACCACAACCUCCACCACCAAGAUCUCACGUUGAGCAACAUGAAAGGUCUGGGAGUAAGGUAUACCGAAGACGAGUCAAUAAUAAUACUAAUUGGAGACAGCAUUCACGGGAGGAAGAUGAAUGGAGGUCAAGGAAUCGUCCUAAUGCCGAACGUGAUUGGGGAGAAAGACCUCAAGGGAAACAGUCCACAUGGAACUCGAACCGCAGUGGUUGGGUGGGGGAGGCCAGCAAUGAAGAAAGCCUCCCGGAGUGGGCCGUCGAAAAUGCGGUGGGAAGAACUGGGACUUUCGAUUCCACUGGAGCUUUUCAUGGGUACAGUAACGACGACACAAACAUACCCAAGACUUCCGAGUCAUCAUCGUCAUUUCAACUGGUACGUUCUUUAACUCAUGGAAGUUUAGUGCACAACACAAAAAUUCCUGCAAAUGCAAAUGGUAUGGAAGAGUGGUGGACUUCUGAUAAGGCUAAAAAACUAUCACCUAACAAGCUUGAACCUAAUGACGCGAAGUUCAAACAGGCUUCUAAUAUGCCAAGUGACGAUAAUAUUCCUACUAAAAUAAGUAAAGAGGAGAACAUACAGGAAGAAAACGACAUCAAGGCAGAAGAAACCAAUGCAAAUGAGACCUUGGAGGCACCGCCAUCUUCUCCAAAGACUGAAGAAACUGACAAUAUCUCAGAUGACACAAAAGAAGCCAGUCUGAAAUCAAAAUUUGUUGAGAGUAAAACUUUUGAUGCUUUGAUGCGUUCGGAUAUUAACUUGGAGAAAGUGACUGAUGAAAAGGGAAACCUACAAUCUGUUCUGAUUACUACUAACAAUACACUGCGUCAGAAACAUCAGAAUAUUGUUGCUACAAAUGAUAAUGCUCAACGGCAGCCCCGAAUGCCCAUCUUGCAACACAUUCACUCUUUGGCAAAUGAAGAUGAUGAUAGUUCGGCAUCUAAAAAUCUUGCGGAAGAAAUGGUUAACCUAACUGUGGAUGAUUCAAAUGCAUCAACAUCGAAAACUGCAUCAACAAACGCAAAUGCUUCUGGCAACCAAACAGAUCUGCAAGUGCCCACGCAAAUGCCAAGUAGCAGCAUACCAUUACCUUCACCUAGACAGUCCAUGGGUGGCAUGCAAGCUGGGGGCAUGCCAGCUGGCGGCAUGCAAGCUGGCGGUACGCCAGCUGGCGGUAUGCAAGCUGGAGGCAUGCAAGUUGGUAUCUUGCAAGCUGGUGGUUUAAAAAUCAUGCAAGCCGGGGGAAUACAAGUUGGCAAAAUGCAAGCUGGCGGAAUGCAAGGCGGCGGAAUGCAAGGCGGCGGAAUGCACGGCGGCGGAAUGCAAGGCGGCGGAAUGCACGGCGGCGGGAUGCACGGCGGCGGAAUGCACGGCGGGGGGAUGCAUGUUGGCAACAUGCAAGGCGGCGGAAUGCAUGGCGGCCACAUGCAAGGCGGCGGGAUGCACGGUGGCGGAAUGCAAGCCGGCGGUAUGCAAAGCGGCGGCAUGCAAGCUGGCAAUAUGCAAGCCGGCGGUAUGCAACUUCAUUCAGGCGUUGGAGGGCGUGGAGGGUAUGAAUCAUUGGGGAUGCAACAUAAUACAAUGCAGCCAGGCGGAAUACACUUUGCUGGCAUCCAUCCAGGGAUGCAAACUGCUCAAGCCAUACAACAGACAUUACUGCAGCAGGCCGGAUUACAAUCUGCUGCUAUGCAAGGCGGGAUGCAUCCCGGGGAACUGCAAUCUGGAAGAGACGGAUCUGGAAUGCAAGGAGCAUUACAGGCAAUGCAAGUAGCCAGAAUGGGUUCUGGCUUGCAAAAUGUCGGAGUACCAAACCAAGCUUUGAAUACUGCAAUGGGUCUCCCCACAUCUGGAAAUGGACAAGUCAUUCCCAUGCCGGGAGUUUCCAGACCAAUGAUGCAAAAUCCAGGUGUUAUGGGCUUGGGUGCAGCAGAUAUGCAGGCUAAUGCUUCUAUGAUGUCCGCUUACCACCAACAAACUGGUCUUUCAAUGAUGAGUGGCUCAAAUAUUCACAACUCUUCGCUGUUCAUGGUACAGCCUAAUAAUUCAAUGCAAGCGGCGAAUGAUUUCAAUAGAGCGCGCGCUGAGAUGUAUCAAGCUGGGCAGCAGCAAGCAGCAUAUGGCUCUAUGUACAACAUGAUGCCACCUGGAGGCCAAUCUCCUCAAAAUAACUUGAACGUUAUGGACCAGUGGUACUAUGAAGACCCUCAGUACAAUGUGCAUGGUCCAUUCUCUUCAAAGGAUAUGUACAACUGGUAUAAAGCAGGUUUUUUCAAUUCCAACUUGAUGAUUCGUCGUGCCUGCGACGUAAACAUGCGCCGUCUUGGCUCAUAUGGCCCUAUGGCCUUUGGUGCGCCUAUUGACUUGCUGCCGCCAUACCCGCCACCAACUUUUGAUCGUCGUACCCAGGGACCUCAUGAUUUACUCAAUCCCAAGGGACUCGGAUUAGAGGAAACUUUGUGGCGUCAGAGCGCUCAGUCUCCUGACAUGCUGUGGAUGACUCAAUCUGUUGAUCCUACUAACGAGGCUGGGGUUAAUAACCUCCCAAUGCAUUUCUGGGAUACGGAGCCCUCCGCCUUAACCUCUAAAUCUAUAUUGCCCGAGAAAAUAGACAAGGAUGUGAAAUCUGAAGAUCAAGUGCCGGUACAGUUAAUGCCGUUAGGAAACAAUCAAUCCUCUGUUUCAACAACAAGCAGUGACUCACAGUCAGAAGUUUUCCCUCUCAUACAUGAGAGGACGACGCCCAACUUGGAGGAAAUCCAAAAUCUGUUACAAAUAAAAUGGCUUGUGACUGUGGCGUCUUCCUCCAGUAAAAGUACAGAGGAAAAUGAGGAAUCAGAGGUAAAGGGUGAUCAAGUUUUAAAAGAGGAGGAACCAUCCACUGAUAGUAGUAACGGCAAGCAAGAUCGGCAAAAUAAUAGCAAACCCGCGGUCGAAACAAAAGUAGUUAAGAGUCCUAAACCAGAGAAUGAUAAAUCGGUAAAAGGCAAAACAACAAAGGGUAAGAAUAAAAAGACAAAAGUGGGAAAAAAGGAAGAAGUGGUUGAACCGAAGACCAAAGAAGAUAUUGUUAAAACGGAGGUUAAAAAAUCGGAUGAAACCACGUCCUCCAAAACCAAGAAAGAAGAGAAACAAAGCAAGAAAGAAGUAGAAAAAGAAGGAAAGGAUGUUAAGGAAGGGACAAAAGAAGAAGUGAAGGGAAACGAUAGGGGGGUUUCUAAGGAAUCCAAGAAAAAAGAAAACGCAAAAGGUUCUGAUGCAGAUAGCAAUAGGAAAGAAGUUGCCGUCGAAGAGAAAAAAGGGAAAAAGAUUGUCGAGAAAACGACGAAUGACAAAAAACAACAGCCUGAGCAGCUGGCAGUUGAAACUGUACAAUUAGCUAGGAAGACCCCGUGGUCGGAUGCGUUAUCUGCGCAGGCGCAAUCUGCUAACAACUACAGCAUGAACCUGUCCAAUAUACAGCGUCUCGAGCGAGAGAAGAAAAUAGAAGAAAUUAAGAUGCAGCAGCGGAUGAUCCAAAUCAUCGCGUCACAACAGGCAGAGACCCUCGCUAGGGAAAAGAUAAUGCAAGCUCGACUCCAUUGGGCUAAGACGCGGCCUCCUCCUAAUAUGAUUCCCCUUCUCAGUGAAAUACAGGCUGAGGCUCGCAUGCAAGCAGCGGCGGAGUCAUCAGCUGCUGCGAUGGCCCACGUCUUGGACGAUGCUGAAACACUUCUCCCACCCAUUCCUAACACCCCAUGGGCCUCAUCCAGCAAAAGCGAUCCUCCUGCUCCUAUCGGUUUCUGGGACGCACAACAUAAAAACGGAAAGGCCACUGAUAAACCACAAGAGUCGCAGAAAGUGGAAGAGGCAAACAUACCUAUCAAGAACAAAACUGCAAUUUCAGUUAACGCACCGAAGGAGGUGUCGCCCGCUGUCCUGGAGUUCGAUUCCUGGUGCAAAAAUGUCCUCAUGGUGUGGGACAAAAACAUAGAUGUGACGACCUUUGUCAGCUUCCUUAAAGACAUCGAGUCACCAUACGAUGUUAAAGAUUAUGUCAAAUUCUACUUGGGAGAGACCAAAGAUGCCAAUGAUUUCGCUCGUCUGUUUUUGGAAAAAAGGUCUAAAUUAAUGCGUGUGGGCACGGUGACACCUUCAGAUGAUCUUUGCUCCCCGGCAGUAGCUAUUAACCCUCGCAUGUCGCUGAAUUUGGGUUACCAAGAAGUAAAGAGCAAGGGUAAAAAGGCGAAGAAGAACAAGAUGCUGAAAGUGGAUUCGCGUAUUCUCGGUUUCUCCGUAACGGCUGCUGAGGACCGGAUCAAUGUUGGCGAUAUUGAUACUGCCUAAAUGAUAUCAAUGGUAUCCAAUGUGUUCGACAUCUCGAGCUUUCAACAGAUAAUGCUGUAAACACGACGGAAUUAUGUAUUUUUUUUAAUAUUACUUGUCUAAGAUGAUUUUGGUAUAGAGUGCUGCAAUCUCUUUGUUUGAGCUGCGCAGCGCAGCCUCCCUCCGCAUUACUUUAUAUGUUGCUAUUAAUUCGUCCACCUUUUUAACUCAAAGUUGCAUUAGAAUUAUAAUUUUUUUAAUUUAGAUUUUAACUAUAUAUUUAUUUAUUCUAGCAAUGAAUUUAUAUUGCUUCAUUAUUGGGAUAUUAUUUUACUUUAUGAUUGUUUUUAUCUAAUGAUGUGACGGGCAUUUUACUAGUGGUGGUGGUAAAUAAGAUGAAUCAGAAUAAUUCGAGUCAUCUGUAAAUUUGUAAUUAUCACUCCAUUGUUUUCUAAAUAUUCACAAACUAGCUGUGCCCGCGACCUCGUUCGUUUCAAAUGCUAUGAUUCGUAGCAUUUUAAUUAUUUAUUCUAAUUAUUUAAGAAACCAAACAUAUUCUAUAAAGAACUUUCAUUCCCUAAUGGUUAUUUUGCACCAUUGAGGGUAAAAUGUAUAUAAUAAUCAUUGAAUGUCAUAUAUCUAUAUCAAAUUAACAGCGUAAAAUAUUUCAAUCUUCUAAUUGUGAAAGUGAAAAUACUUUUUCCGUUAAAAAGGCCUAAGUCUAUCUGUACCAAAUUCCAUUUAAAUCGUUUCAGUAGUUUUGGUGUGAAAGCGAAAUAUAGUUACUUUCGCAUUUAUAAUAUUAAGUAAAGAUAAUUAGGAUUUGCUUCAUGUCUACUUCACACAUUCACAGCGUGUUGUAAACUUGGUUACCACAAGUAAAGCGUGCGUCGCUUCGUCAGAUAAACAUGCUGUAUAAACUAUUAUAGGUGUACCAGUGUCGAUUAGAAAAAUAUAAAUUUUAACAUAACAUAAAUUUUUAUGGAUAUUCAAACAUUUUAUGUGGAAAUGUAUAUAUUUGUGGUUAGAGAUGGUGGUAGACCUAAACAUGAUAAUAACAAGACAUGAAUUUGUUGACAAACAAUUUAAACGUCAACCUAUACUUUUAUGUUACAACAUAACUAAGAUAUUAUGUAACCUCUUUAUGUUUUAAACACUGCAUGCGUUAAUGUUAAGUGUAUUAGGUGUCCAUUAAAUUUUUAUUGAAUUUAAUUUAAUAUUAAUUGAUACUAGUCACCACAAAGAUCAAUAAUAAAACUAAAUAGGAAAUAUUUGAGCCUAUGUAAAUUCAACAAAUAACUGAAUCGUUUAACUAUGCAUUAUCCUUUGCAACUGUUUUUAGCUGUAAUUCAUAUAAAUGUUCAAUGUUAGUGUUAAGUGUUCUAGACAAGACUUGAUUCAUCUAAAUGUGUAGAUUUUAGUUUCAAUCUUGCAUUGCACAUACAAUAACUAAUAAUUGUAAACAGUGAAAUUAUUCGUUCGUUUCUGAGACCAAAAUCCAUGUAUAAAACUUUGAUAUCUCAGUGUUGUCAAAGAUAUUGAGAGGCAUGACGAUAUGUUUAAUACAAGGAAUUUCGUCUCAGAAACUAACCAUAAAAGCUGUUACUUUAAACAUCGUUAUUACAUUAUUUCAUUGUGUUCGUUAUUUCAUAUAUAAAUUGAGCAAUAAUAAAGUUCCCGAUGAAACCAACUUUAGCUUUAUAUUUUUAGCUUCCUAGUUGGAUUUCACACAAAUGUUAGUGAAAAAGGCAUUAAUAAGUUUUUUAUAUUAAGUCAAGUGUGUUUAUUUUUAUCGGUCCUUUUGUAAUGGUGAUCGAUUUAUGAAAUGUAUUUUUAUUUUAACGGGUGCCACAAGUAUGUUCGCCUUUUUGGCUAAUUUAUUUCUAAAUUAGAUUACGAUGUCCAGGAAUUUGAACUUAAGUUUUGUUAAUAUUUGUAUUAAUUUAUAUAAUUGUAUCAAGUGUAUCAUAGUGUUGUUGUGUGCACUGUAAGUAAUAUAAUAAACAAGACACUUCUAGUAUCUUUUGAUGUUAGAGUAUUAUUAAUAUAUGAAAAGAUUUGUUUUAGAAUCGUUAUUAUUAAUGGUUUAAUGGCCUGUGUUGUAAUUUUGUAAAACACACGCUCUAUAAAAAUAACUAAGUGUAUGAAAUGAAAUGUCAUUCUUUACAUAUUUUUUUUAGUGUAGUAAUUGUUAAAAGUAAUACAGAUUUAAUGUCA